CCCCCUGUUCCCUCAUCAGCACCAGCGCAACACACACAGAGAGCGAGCGAGCGAGAUGUCGGCGGCGGAGGCGGACGGGGACGCCCCGAUCGCGGCGUUCGCGGUGUCCAAGGCCGGCGUCGUGCUCAAGCACAUCUUCCUCAACGCGCCCCCCGCGCUGGAUCCGGCGGAUCGCGGCGGGGCGGUGGGAGCCGAGGAGGAGGAGGAAGAAGACCCGCCGGUGACGGUGGGGCGGCACCCCGACUGCCACGUGCUCGUCGACCACCCCAGCGUCAGCCGCUUCCACCUCCAGCUCCGGGCCCGGCGCCGCCAGCGCCGGAUCACCGUCACCGACCUCCGCUCCGUGCACGGGACUUGGGUGUCGGGGCAGCGGGUCCCGCCUCACACGCCGGUGGAUCUGGCCGCCGGUGACACGCUGCGGCUCGGGGCCUCCAAGAGGGAGUACAGGCUGCUCUGGCUGUCGCUGCGCGAGGCGCUUGAGAUGGAGGAUGCGCCGUACAUGCCAACGCUGCCUGAGGACAAAGAGGAGCCCCAUGCUUAUCAGGACGCCAGCAGCCAGUUGGUGGCUCCUGAGCAGAGGGAGUCAGCAGACAUGAAGGCCCAUCGGGAGACAAGUCAACAAAUUAUGUUAGAAGAAAUUGCUUUUCCAGCCAAAGUGAUCCCCUCAGCACCACCAUUACCUGACUUUGCUCAUUCCUUUUCUGUGGAAGAUUCUUCGCUUUCCCAAUUUCAUGAGAACAUUGAGGGAGUGCCAGAGGAUAAGUUAGUUGACAAGAAUCCAAUUUCACAAUCUUUUGGCUCUCUGAUCAUACAGCAAAUGCCAGCUGCAUUGCCAAAAGCUGGAAGACCAGCCCAGUCAGAUCAAGUGUCGAAGAGGUCCAAGUUAAAGUCAGUCAAACCACUUCGUAUUGACACUGGCAGGAGCAGUGAUACAAGCAAUGCUCUGAGCUAUAGUGUUCAGAAAGGAGAGCAAAAUGAGAUUCUUGUAUGUUCUCAGAGCUGCGGGACAGAGUGUGCUGCCUGCAUAGCUUUAUUUGGUAUUUCUGAAUAUGAGAGAGCUGAAGAAAUGGAAGAGAUGAUUGCAGAAGUUAAGGGCCAUAUGAAUCCCCCAGCCAGCAUUACCAUGGAGGGAAAUAAGAAAAAGCCAAACACUGAGAAUUAUGUCCCACAACAUUCAGUUGAUGCAAAGUUGCUGAAGAGACAUGGCCUGUUUGAUUCUGCUCUCCCUUUGCAUUUCAUAGAUGAUGCCUUUGCAGAAAAAGAAAUUCCACAAUGGAAUGCUGCUACGGUUAGUACAGAAUCCGAGACUGUUCCAGAAAAUCUUGUAACACCAGAAAUGAAGCAUGAUGGUUUGGUCCAUCUUAACUUGGAGGGAAGUCUCUCAAACAAGGAGAACACGCUGGCAAAUAAGAUUUCUGAGGAUUCUGAGAACUAUCAGCUUGACAGCACAAAUUGUGGGAAUAUAUUUGACAAUUUUGAUUCUGAAGAAAUUGAAGGAAAUGAAGAAAUCAGUCCACUGGACAAGGAGAAUAUCACCCCCAAUGUAUCAGGUAACAUAGUAAUGGAGAGGAGCCACAUAGGUCUGAAGCCUACCAUUUCCCAAGAGUUGAUGGAUUCCAUUUCCCCUCUGAAUUUAGAUCAUGACAUUCCAGAAAAUGAGAACUCCAUACUGAAAGCUGGAAAUCAGAUGAAAUCAAAUGAACCUGUCUCCGGGAAUCUUAGCCUGCUAACUCCAGUUGAUAAAAAACUGCAGAAGUGCCAGACGGAGUGUAUGCCCAUUUCACAUCUGGAAUUCAAAGAUGACAUCUUUCCGGAUAGGGAAAACUCAGUGCUGGCUCCUGGAAAGUAUGAGGCUAUCUCCCCUGUGAAGCAGGAAGAUCUGUUCUCAGACAAGGAGAAUGUGACUCCUGCUUCUAAGGUAAAGCCCGUUGUUAGGAGAGUUCUUGGGUCAAGGAUGGAUAAUUCAGUGUCAGCAAAGAACACUUCAAAUAAGGAGAAAACAAAGUCUGAAAAAUUCCAUACGGUAGAUUAUGAUGUUUUCUAUUCAGAUAAGGAGAAUUUGACCCCUGUAUCUUCAGGGGGCAUGAAAGCAAGGAAGUGUCUUCCCAAGAACCUGGUAGUUGAUGCAGAUCAAGAUCAGGAAGCAUUCUGCUCUGACAAGGAGAACUUGGCACCACUAUCAUCUGCCGCUCGGAAAACAAGGGAUGUGUCUGAAAACCGUGUGCGACUAGAAAGUGCAAUCACAAAGAAAAGGGUUGCUGAUAGGAUCCCCUUCCAGACUCUUCUGUCAAAUUCUCCUUUGAGACCUGCUAGCUCGCUUGAUUGUAACUGUGCUGUUGCUAGGCCAGCUGACAUCGCUGCUGGUGACUUGGCGAUCAAGUUGGAAGAUAAACUUAACAAAAUUGCACAUAAUAACCAAGAAUCAGGUAGGGCUGGACAAGGGAUGAAAGCCUGGACAAUGGUGGCCAACACCGACAGCCUUCUUGAUGAUGAAUCUGUGAAGUCUAUAAUGUUGUUAAAAGGCAUAAAAGGAACUCAUCUGUUCAUACCAAGGAUCGUGAUCAGGGAGCUGGAUUCCAUGAAGCAGAGGGAGGGCCUGUUCAGGCGGUCCACCAAGGCGACCUCCACGCUCCAGUGGAUCGAGGAGUGCAUGGCGACCGAGAGCUGGUGGAUCCACGUCCAGAGCUCGUCCGAGAUGCUCCCCGUCGCGCCGACCCCGCCCGCCACCCCUUCGGCGCAGCGUGUCGACGAAGAAAUCAAGGUCGGGUCCGGCUCCUUCAACCCGAUGGCCUUGUUCUCCCCUAGAGGCUUGUUCUCCCCGAGAGGCUUCGAGCUCGCGGACAUCGUGUCCCCGAAACCCGAGGACCGCGUGCUCGACUGCGCGCUCCUGCUGACCAAGCUCAGGGGCGACCACAACAUCGUGGUCCUGUCCAACAGCGUGGCGCUCAAGAUCAAAGCCAUGGCGGAGGGCAUGGUUUGCGAGGGGGCGAGGGAGUUCCGGGAGUCCCUGAUGAACCCGUGCUCGGGGCGGUUCAUGUGGGCGGCGAGCGCGCCGCGGGGGCCGGCGUGGUCGCGCCUGGACGCGGCGGCGCUGGCCGAGGACUACUACAACAGCCGCCACCACCACCAGGCGAGGAAGAGGCGGCCCGCGGCCGCAGAGGCCGCCAAGGGCCUGAAGCUGAUCCUGCGGCACAACUCCCUGUACGCGCAGGCGACGGACGCGGCCGCCAGGAUGACGCCGCCGCCGCCGCGGCCGGUGUCGCUGGCCUGAAGCUGAUCCUGCGGCACAACUCCCUGUAUGUGAGAAGUGAACCUCGCGCUUGCCGUUGCCGGCUCCAUGGGUGGAGCCUCGUGCUUUUCACAGCGUUGUACAUACGGAGUUGGUAGUUAAUUUUGUACCCUGGGGGGUGGUGAAAUUCAUUUCGCUAGCAACUGAAGGUGUACCGUGAACGUUCCGUCGUUGGCGGGCGAAGCCGUGGGCGCGCACGCUUGAACGGGUUGGUGAGGCGCUUGCAGGGGCUGCUGGUUGGUUGGUGUCUUGGUGAGGUCUGGGGACGGGAGUAGAAGUAGAAGUAGAAGCACACGCAGAGGCAGAGGAUAUGGUUUUGCCCGGGGGACAGAAGAAUCUUACUGCUGGAGCGUGGAGGAAUGUUUCUGCGCGCAUAUAAAAUGGUCUGAGGGCUGGGCAAUUAUUUUGUCCCCCGAAGCGCC